AUGAAGAAAGUCAACUUUGUGUCUGCUGAGGAGAUGGAACCAGUCCAAGAAGGGGAGGAUACACAAUUUGCUGAGGUGUGCUACAUGAGCAAUGGGCAAGGAGGUUACAACAAAGGAUACUAUAAUUACAAGUCCAACCCUGCCAUGUCAUACCGCAACACUGAUGUUGCUAACCCUCAGGACCAAGUAUAUCCUCAACAACAAGCAGCUCGAUCGAGUCAGGUGCCACAACAUGGGUAUGGUCAAAAGAACAAUUACCAAGGACCACAAGGCACUUUCCCUGGACAACAAAUGAAUAUCCCACCAGGCUUCCCCCACCAACCGCCCCAGCCUGCACCUUCACAAGAGAAUGAGCUCAAGGCAAUGCUAAAGCAACUACUUCAAGGGCAAGCUGAUGGGGUAGUGGACACAAGCAAGAAGCUAGCUGAAAUAAACUCUAAGAUCGAGAACCUCAACACAAGGGUUUACUCUCUGGAGAAUCAUGCUUCUUCUGUUGCUGCUGCUACAAAGCAAGGACAACUACCUGGUAAAGCUAUUCAGAACCCCAAGGAACAGUGCAAGGUCAUCUUCACUCAAGAAGGACUUGUUGAAGAAGAGGAUCAAGAAAGGGUCAUUGAAGAUUUUUGUUUACUGCUGAAUGAUGAAGAGAUUGUUGCUGCUGAGGCUCCUGGAGUCCAGAUUGAUCAACCAGAAGUGCAUGCACCUACUGUGGCCAUUCACACUUCACCAGUUGAGCUCGCACGGCAAGCUCGAUCGAGUCCAACUCUAGCUCGAUCGAGUCCGACCUCUUCUGUCCGACAGCCUGUUUUGCUUGAUCCUUAUCAACCGGUUGCCGCUUCCUCGUCUCGCCUACUUAGUCAAGGUCACAAGGAAGUGAUUCACAAGUUCAGAAGAGAUCUCAGUGGGAUUGGAAUUGAGUUGCCUCCUAUGGAUAGCAUGAGUGAGGCAUUUGAUCAAAUGCAAAUGGUCAAGGAUGUUCUAGCCAACAGUGAUAAAGUUUCAGAGGUCCUACAAGAGUCUACUCAUCAGUUCAACCUGCUUACUUCACCCACCUUCCUACCAAAGGUCAAGGAUCAAGGGAAAUUCACUCUCCCUUGCACACUUGGGCAUCUUGAGAUUGACAAUGCCUUAGUGGAUUCUGGAGCAAGCAUCAAUCUGAUCUCUCUCUCCAUGGCAGAGAAGCUAGGCAUUGCUGGAGCCUUGCAGCGCCCUACUACUUCAAUCAUGUUUGGAGAUGCAACUUCUAAGUCUCCUCUUGGAGUGUUCAAGAACUAUCACUUGAAAAUUGGAGAAUGCAUCAUCCAAACUGAUCUCACUGUGAUGGAAAUGGAAGAAGAGAAGGAUUUACCUCUGUUAUUGGGAACCCCUUUCCUUAGUACAGUUGGCGCUUCAAUAGACUUUCACAAGCAAGAAGUGAUCCUUCACAAGUACCAACUCAGUUCUAAGAGUCAUGGAGCUACAAAGGUUGUGAAGGAAAGGGUUGACAAGGAACCAAGAGUUGGGAAGGAUAAGGAUGAGAGAGGACCAAGGAUUGAGAAGCCACGUCUUGAGAGGGCUAGAGUUGAGAAACCACGAUCUGAUAGGCCAAGAGCUGAGAGACUUGUUCAAGCCCCUUGUGUGCUUGAUGAAGAGAGCCUUCAAGCUUUGUUUGAUGAGCCACUAGGAAGGGCUCUAAAAGAAGGGGAGGAUGUAGCCUCUAAGGCAAGACCAGGUGAUAAAAGAAAGGAUCCACCAGCUCAGGCCCCUUCAGUCAAGCCAUCUCAGCUCACAAUGACUUUGUUCCCCACCAAGUUUGAAAAUGGGAAGAUUGAGUACAAGAUAAGGUACAAGGGGAGAUCAAGGCCAUUCUCUAGAGCCAAGGCCUUGGUGACUUCAGAACAGUCCAGGGACCCAACCAAGCUAAAGGAGCUUCUGUCUCAAGUCCUCACUAUCACCCUUGAUGGUGGGACUAGCUCAACCAAUGCCUAA